GGACGGUCCCCCCUGCCUCUGGGGUGAGCUGGGCCCGUCAGGAAGUGCACCCUGGGCUCUCCCCCCAGCUCCGCCCGCCUCCGUCCUGGCAGCCAGCACUGAAUCCGGCAGACGGGCGUGCAGGUGCCCCCCAGGCGGACGCAAGCCAUGUCCGACUAUGAGAACGAGGACGCGUGCUGGAGCGCCCUGGAGAGCUUCCGGGUGAAGCUCAUCUCCGCCAUCGACCCCGCCCGCGUGACGCCCUACCUGCGCCAGUGCAACGUGCUGAGCCCCGACGACGAGGAGCAGGUGCUCAGCGACCCCAGCCUGGUCACCCGCAAGCGGAAAGUGGGAGUGCUCCUGGACAUCCUGCAGCGGACGGGCCACAAGGGCUACGUGGCCUUCCUCGAGAGCCUGGAGCUGUACUACCCGCAGCUGUACAGGAAAGUCACAGGCAAGGAACCCACCCGCGUCUUCUCCAUGAUCAUCGACGCCUCUGGCGAGUCGGGCCUGACGCAGCUGCUGAUGAGCGAGGUGAUGAAGCUGCAGAGGAAGGUGCAGGAGCUGACGGCACUGCUGGGCUCCAGAGACGACCUCGCCGAGGAGCUGCGCGUGAAGGACAGCCUGCUGCGCAAGCUCCAGGAGCGCGUGCAGCGGCUCAAGGAGGCCUGCGAGGCGGGCAGCCGCGAGCUCCAGCGCUGCAAGGACGAGAACUACGACCUGGCCCUGCGCCUGGCCCGCCAGAGCGAGGAGCGCGACGCGGCCCUCACGGGGCACCGCGGGCUGCUGCUGGAGAUCGACCAGCUGAAGCACAGCCUCAUGAGGGCGGAAGACGACUGCAGGGUUGAGCGCAAGCACACGCUGAAGCUCAGGCACGCCAUGGAGCUGCGGCCCAGCCAGGAGCUGCUCUGGGAGCUGCAGCAGGAGAAGGCGCUGCUGCAGGCACGCGUGCAGGGCCUGGAGGCCUCGGUGCAGGAGGGGAAGCCGGACCAGGGCCGCCCCCACGUCCAGGUGCCGGAGGAGGACUGGCAGCGGGUGCAGCAGGACCUCCAGCAGCAGGCCGCCACCAUCUUCUCCCUGCGCAAGGACCUGCGCCAGGCCGAGGCCCUACGCACCCGGAGUGCGGAGGAGAAGGAGACGUUCGAGCUGCAGUGCCUGGCCCUGCGGAGGGACUCCAAGAUGUACAAGGACCGCAUCGAGGCCAUCCUGCGGCAGAUGGAGGAGGUCGCCAUUGAAAGGGACCAGGCCACCCUGAUGCGGGAGGAGCUGCACGCGCAGCACGCACGCAGCCUGCAGGACAAGGACGCGCUGCGGAAACAGGUCCGCGAGCUGAGCGAGAAGGUGGACGAGCUCCAGCUGCAGCUGUUCCAGCGCGAGGGCCAGCUGCUGGCCGUGGAGGGCAAGCUCCGGCGGCAGCAGCUGGACGCGCUCAUCCUGAGCUCCGACCUGGAGGACAGCUCACCCAGGAAUUCCCAGGAGUUCUUGCCCCCUCAGGACCUGGAGGAUACCCAGCUCUCAGACAAAGGCAGCCUGGCCAUCAGGGAGAGCCCGGAGCAGCCGUCUGUGGCUCUGCAGGAGGAACAGCUAUCACUGACCCCAGAGGACGCAGGUCUGAACGGCCGGGAGCCCCCAGAGAAGGAGAAGGGCCGGCGGCGCCUCAAGGAGAGCUUCGAGAACUACCGCAGGAAGCGGGCCCUACGGAAGAUGCAGCUCGGCGCGCGGCAGGGGGAGGCGGACGGAGAGAACACCACGGGCAGCGACAACACCGACACCGAGGGCGCCUAGCCGGCCCCCUCGUCCAGCCCUCCCCGUCGCGGGAGGGGGCGCGGCCCCGCCAGGCCGCCUCUUCGUCGGCGAGCACGGGCGGGUUCUGUGGGACGCGCACACGUGCCGCGACCUUAAAGUGCAACCUUGUCAAUAAACUACCGCGGUCCGGA